AUGACUGAAGUGAAAGGGCGGGUUUUGUCAGCUCCAAAACUUCAGUAUGGUGGCAGAAACAAAGCAACUGCAUUACCGAAUCAGGGUGUUUGGGAUAUGCGUGGGAAGCAGUUCCACACUGGUAUUGAUGUGAAGGUGUGGGCAAUCGCAUGUUUUGCGCAGCAGCAACAUGUGAAGGAGAAUGAUCUACGUAAUUUCACGGCUCAAUUGCAACGUAUAUCGAAUGACGCUGGUAUGCCGAUUGUUGGGCAGCCUUGUUUCUGCAAGUAUGCUAUGGGUGUGGAUCAAGUGGAACCGAUGUUCAAGUACCUCAAACAAACAUUCUCGGGUAUCCAAUUGGUUGUUGUAAUUUUGCCUGGAAAGACUCCCGUCUACGCGGAAGUGAAACGCGUUGGUGAUACAGUGCUUGGCAUAGCUACUCAAUGUGUACAAGCAAAAAAUGUAAUUAAAACCACGCCACAAACCUUGUCGAAUCUCUGUUUGAAGAUGAAUGUGAAACUAGGAGGUGUAAAUAGCAUUUUAUUGCCAGCAGUACGUCCAAGAAUCUUCAAUGAGCCAGUUAUCUUCUUCGGUUGUGAUAUAACCCACCCACCAGCGGGCGACUCUCGCAAACCAUCAAUCGCUGCUGUUGUGGCAAGUAUGGAUGCACAUCCGAGCAGGUUUAACCUUUUGUUAAUACGAUUCCCUUUAUCCUUGCUUUUCUUCCCUAUAUUGUUUUUAUGUAGAUAUGCUGCUACUGUACGUGUACAACAGCAUCGUCAGGAGAUUAUCUCUGAUCUCACAUAUAUGGUCCGAGAACUGCUAGUGCAGUUCUAUCGCAAUACACGUUUCAAACCUACGCGUAUUGUUGUAUAUCGAGAUGGAGUUUCUGAAGGACAAUUUUUUAACGUAGGUUGCAUAAUCACAUUUAAGUUUAUUCGACUAACUUAG